AUGUCUGAAAUUGUUGAUAUUAUUAAACGUUCUGGUAACGAAGCUUUGAAGAUUAACAAACCAUAUGGUGUCGAUUUCCAUAUCACUGAACAUGGUUCAGAUUGGUUGUGGGCCGUGUUCGCCAUGUUUGGGUUCUGUUUAGUCAUUUACGCCUUCAUCUUCUUCUUCUUGGAAAAGAAAACAACAAGAUUAAUGAGAUACGCUUUGGCUCCAGCUAUCUUAAUCUCCUUCUACGAGUUCUUCAGUUAUUACACUUAUGCUUCCAAUUUGGGUUGGGCUGGUGUUCAUUCCGAAUUUAACCAUUUGACUGUCAAGACUUCCAUGUCCGGUGAAACUCCAGGUUUCAGACAAGUCUUUUACACCAAAUUUAUCGCUUGGGUCCUUUCAUGGCCUGCACUUAUCGUUUUGCAAGAAUUAGCAAACGUUACCUCCACUGACCAGGAUAUCUCCGUUUUGGAACUUUGUGAAUCCCUAUUGGUUCAAAUCUUCGGUACUACCAUCUGGAUCGUCUCUCUUUUGAUCGGUACUUUGAUUCAUUCCACUUACAAAUGGGGGUACUGGACUUUCGGUGCCUUCGCCAUGCUUGUCACUGAAUAUGUCAUGAUUAGACGUCAAUAUUUCACAAACUCUUCAAACAAAUUCUUACAAUUGAAGAGUUUCUGCUUCAUGGUCGUCAUGUUGAUCGUUUGGUUAUACUUCGUUUGUUGGGGUUUAUGUGAAGGUGGUAACGUCAUCCAACCAGAUGGUGAAGCUGUCUUCUACGGUGUCCUAGAUGUCUGUUUGUUCUGUUUCUACCCAAUUAUCUUGGUCGUUUCAGUCUACAAGGGUGGUAACAAUCCAAACUUCACCAUGACCGGUGCCAAGGGUGAAAACCACUGGUCCGUCCACAAACAUAAUGACGAAGAAGCUAAUGCUGGUGAUGACGAAAGUCACGGUAAGGAAGUUCAACCUGAUUCUCCAAGAGCUUCCGGUGCCACCGCUUUCCAAAAUGAAAAUGAAGGUGAAAAUACCGCUGAGGCCUCUGUUUAA